UCAUUCGACUCUGAUCUUUGUUUAUUUAUAACUGCAUGGGGACAGGUUUGUUAUCAAUAGAUAAAGGUAAUCAAGAAUUUGUUAGGUAGCAGUUCAGAUCUCAAGAGCCUUUGAUAACAUAGGAACUAUUGUCGAAUUGUUGUCAUUCGAAAUUCACUUCAUUUUGUUUAAUCAAGAAAAUGCCAGAUUACAGCAAAAUUAGUAAGACGUUGCAAAAACUGAAUUUGAGUCAUCUGGAAGAAACGUUCAAAGUUUAUGGCAUCCAUGACUACGUUGUACUUACCCUAACUAGCAGUCAGCUUAGACGAUAUCUACCCAAUAACGAAGAACGGUUUCGAAGGGAAUUUCUCAUUUUAUGUACAAGCGAUGAUGUAGCGAGUUCCCAAGAAACUGAACAGGAAGAUCGGAGUGUGCAAGAUGAAUCGACUACUGAGAAUCAGUUGAGUGGCCAGGGAGAUCCGAAUGUGCAAGAUGGAUCGAAUGCUGGGAAUCAAUUCAGCCAAUCAUCUACUCAGGAAGAAAUGCCUGAUGUGGAACAGGUAGUGUCGGAUUUAUCGUAUGAAGAAAAAUCAACACAAACUGGAAGCUCGAAUGGAACCGAUAGGGAAAUAAUUGGUAAUACGCAAGUAGCAACAACGAGUAAAUCAAGAGGAAUGUCUGAAAAAACAAAGGUAAAAAAACUUAAAAAAAGCGGGAAUUAUUGGAGCAAGUGUAGUUGGAGCCUCAGCUUUAGCGGUAGUUGCUGCACCUGUGGCUAUUGCGGCUGCUGGUUUUGGAUCCGCUGGUGUUGUAGCAGGGUCGAUUGCGGCUUCAUGGCAAGCCACUAUGGGCGGAUAUGUGGCCGCCUCAAGUAUCUUCGCAACAUUACAAAGCGUUGGUGCAAUAGGUCUAUCGACAGCAGCUACUGCAUCUAUUGGACUUGGUGGAGCAGCCGUAGGAGGUGCUACAGCGUCAGGAAUUAUGGCGAUUUCAAGCAAAAACGAAAGGAAAGAUCAAGGAACUCAAACUAGCGAGACAUAAUGUUAGACAUGGAAAGGCAAUUCAAAAUUGGUAUGGUUUCGUGUGCAUCUUAUGCGCAGACGGGAUUUAAAAGUCCUGAAUUUUGCAUAUUUAAAUGAUAUUUUGAAAUGAUAACAAAACAGAACUCACAACUCAUACAAUGCGAGAGCGAGUUAUACGAGGACUGAUCCAUUGAGUAAAUUGUACAAGUAAUGUAAGUAUUGUGACUGGAAAUCUGGGAUAAUGGUAUGGCAAUCAGCGGGUAAUACAGAAGUACAUCCACCCUUAUAAUGCGAAGUACUAGAAUGGUUUGGCGAAGCCGAGGUUAGCAAGACAUCGUGUGCAAACAAACGUUUUAUGAAAUGAAUAAAAUCGAAUAAAUACCGAA